AUGUCCGUCGAAGUUGACCCGCCCGAGCUGGGCUUCAAGCGCCCCUUCAACCAGGAAAUUUGCCAGGUCCUCCAUCUGCGCAACCCAGGCCAGGAAGCGGUUGUCUUCAAGGUUCGUUUACACUCCCGCCUCCGUGUUAAGACUACCGCCCCGAAGCACUACUGUGUCCGUCCCAACUCCGGCCGUGUCGAGCCCGGCAAGACUGUCGAAGUCCAAGUGCUUCUGCAAGCUAUGAAGGAGGAGCCCCCAGCGGACGCAAAGUGCAAGGACAAGUUCCUGGUUCAGUCCGUUGCGGUCGGUCGCGAUAUGGAGUUCUCAAACGUCACCGCCAUCUUCGAGAAAACUUCUAAGUCCGCGGUCAUUGAGAAGAAGAUCCGAGUGAACUGGCUCCGUUCUGAUGCCAACCUUGCUGCUGACUCCUCUAAGCUCGGCGCAAAUGACUCGGUCCUGGAAGGGGAACCCCCGACCUACACAUCCCCCGGCGGGAACUUUGAGACUCCAGCCCCAGGCAAAAAAAAUCCCUGCCGAGCAAGCAUCGCCCAUCCCUCCCCCGAUUUCUCCGAGAAGACCAAGUCCGAGUCCGAGUCCCCCGGGCCUAGCGAGCCCGUCGGCGCGUUCGCAAAUGCCAAGGCUGCCGUAAUCGGCGCCAUGCCCUCAAGCGACGAACUGAAGGCACAGCUUGCCGAUGCGAAUGCACAAAUUCAACGACUCAAGGACCGACUGGCAGAUCAGGGCUUGCGGCAGCGGAAGACCGGUGGCGAGGCACCGGCCGCCCUGCUACUAUGA